CUCUGUUUCUCUUUAUAAUAAUGAAAUAAAUGAAAAAUGGAUCCAAUGGAGUAAACGGUAAUUUAAAUUCAAAAUGGCUAACUCCUUUGGAGUCAUAAUCUCACAAUUAUGAUGCGUUUAAAACUUCCAACUUUUAUAAGUUUUCUCGGAUUUAAUGCUAGUUUUUCCUUAAUAAUUUUUAGGGUUUCCUUAAUCUAAUCUUUGAGAACUUCCAUACAUGGGAUCCCUAUUAUUAAUAAGGAAGAACCAAAGAUAUAAAUGCGAUACACAUCUACAAACGUGCCGCGUCCCUCGUGCCGCAUUCGGUGGUGGCUUUGCAGUCCAAGAAGACUAGAAGAGGUCCUCGUACCGAGUUCGUAAUAACUUAACAAAAGUCAAUAAGUCAACCAUUUUCCGUCAAUCGGACGCUUCUUAGAGUGCCACUGGCGGUGGUCCGCCAUGGUUGGCUCAUCAAUACAGCUAAGCUCCUUCUCCUUGGCCUUAUUGGAUCUUCCGCCGCCAAUAUCAAAUCAAGAUUCAUCACUCCAAUACGGGACACCUGCCCCGUAGACAUAAUCUACAGUCGAGAUUCCAGACCGGCCGUCCGUAGGUAUACACCCCCUCGUGGAACCCCUACUUCAUCUCCCCGCGUUCACCGGGGACUAUAGUGAGGCUACUGCCACGUGCCCCCGAGAUUCGUCGGUUGCCUCUGUUCCUGGUUACUCCUUAAACCCCGUUUUAUGCCCCACUUCGCUUCAGUCUCGUCUACCUCACCGGUCCCGUUCAAUAGACGUCUCUGCAAGAGCCCACUGGAAAGUUACCAAACUCGUGACACCAUUCUUUCCGGUCAUCAUUCGCCGGAAAAUCCUCGCUUGGGAGAAAAUAUAUAGCCUCUGAUGCUUCCCUCAUCGGAAUCGCCGCCUCACCUACAACCACAGUCUCUCAAAAGACCCAAAACCCCAGACUCUGCAGACCGUAAGAAAGCAGCUCUUUAUUCGAUCCACGUCUACAUCUCCACCCACCCCAUAGCAUGGCUAAUCUUCAGCAUUCUGAUACUGCAACUCCUCCUCCUCUUCAUGGCUCGUUCCCUCCCCGCUUCUUUCUCUGUCCGCCAUUGGUCCUUUCCCAGCAACCUUGUCAUCGACAACAGUUUGUCCUUUCCCAGCAACCCUGUCAUCGACAACAGUUCCUCCGGAGAUCCAUGCAGCUCCGGCAAGGUCUACGUUUACGAUCUCCCUCCCAUGUUCAACAGAGAACUCUCCGAUAACUGCCAGGACUUGAACCCUUGGGGUUCCCGCUGCAACGCGCUCGCCAACGGGGGAUUCGGCCAGAGAGCGGCCGGACUUGAUGGAAUUGUUCCGAAAAGUUUGAUCCAUUCGUGGUACUGGACUGAUCAGUUCGCGUCGGAGAUCAUCUUCCACAACCGUAUUUUGGGGCACCGGUGUCGGACCCUUGACCCCAACUCCGCCUCUGCGUUUUACCUUCCUUUCUACGCGGGACUCGCCGUCGGUAAGUAUCUCUGGACCCAUUCCAACUCUCAAGAGCGUGACUUCCAUUGCGAGAUGUUACUCAAAUGGGUACGGCAGCAGCCAUUCUUGAACCGAUCCGACGGUUGGGAUCAUUUCAUGAUGAUGGGUCGCAUAACUUGGGAUUUCCGCCGCUCUAAAGACGGCGAUUGGGGGUCUAGCUGCAUCUACCUGCCGGCGAUGAGGAAUAUCACGCGCCUCCUCAUCGAGCGGAACCCUUGGGACUACUUCGACGUCGGUGUCCCCUACCCAACCGGGUUCCACCCAAAAACCCAAUCAGAGGUACGGCAGUGGCAGGAGUUCGUGAGGUCGCGCAACCGCAAAACCCUCUUCUGCUUCGCCGGAGCGGCGCGUCAGACAAUCAAAAACGACUUUCGAGGGAUCCUGUUACAACAAUGUCGUGACGAAUCAGACUCGUGCCGCUCCCUGGACUGUGCCGGAUCACGUUGCUCUAACGGAUCCUCGGCGAUCCUGGAGAUGUUCUUGGAGUCGGAUUUCUGUUUGCAGCCGAGGGGGGAUAGUUUUACGAGACGAUCCAUAUUUGAUUGCAUGUUGGCUGGUUCGAUCCCGGUGUUCUUCUGGAAGAGAACGGCUUAUUACCAGUAUGAGUGGUUCUUGCCUGGCGAACCCAAAAGUUACUCUGUGUUUAUUGACCGUAAUGAGGUGAAGAAUGGAACUUCCAUUAGAAGGGUUCUUGAGAGGUUUAGCAGAGAAGAAGUGAAGAGAAUGAGAGAGAUGAUAAUCGAUUUCAUACCCAAAUUCGUGUAUGCUGAACCGAAUGAGGGGUUGGAGAGUAUGAAGGAUGCUUUUGAUGUUGCCAUUGAUGGGGUCUUGAAACGAUUCAGAGAGCAAUGGUAUAAGUGGUAAAAAUUGAGAAUGGAAGGGGAAGGUUCCCCACUCCCCCAGAGAAGGGAAGUCUGUUAGAUUUCCUUUAGACAAAUUUAGAUUACGAUAUAGAUAGACAGAUGGAUUCUCAGAUUGGUUUGUGCAGAGAGGAGCUGUGGGAGGUCUGCUGCAAAGUUUUUUUUUUUUUUUUCACGCGGAUUUUAUUUUAUUUUUUCCCCCAAUUUCCUACUUUAAUUCUGGGUUAUAGUUUUGUAUAUAGCAUAAGGUGGAUGGAAUUUAUGUAACAGCAUUUAUAAUGAUUAAAUUUGGGAGAUGGAUGAAAAUAAUUUAGCAACUAUGGAUGGAUCUAAUUUGACUUUUCU